UUCCAUUUUUCCGCCUAUGAUUACUGGCAGCGGCGGAUUUUGAGAUGAGCAGGAUAUAUGACAAACUUCCUUUACGAGGACAUCAAAACAUAAGGUUACUUAAGCUGCAACCAGGAAAACAGGGUGAUCCCAUCAUUUGCGGCUUGAAAUGUGUCGAGCUUAGCAGGAGUCAUUCUUACGAAUGCCUCUCGUAUGAAUGGCGUCCCCAAACGUUACAAGGAACAGUUACUGUCCAGUGCGAAGGCGAAUUCAUCGAUGUCACCGCCAACCUCUAUACCGCUUUGUGCGCUCUUCGUCGUUCGCCAAACCGCUUUCCAAGAUACUUGCCGAACAGGCCCCGGAUGCUCUGGGUUGAUGCACUCUGCAUCAAUCAAGAUGAUUCCGCCGAGAAGAGCGAGCAGAUCCCCCUAAUGAAGGAGAUAUACAAACAUGCUUUGCGCGUCAUCGUAUGGCUAGGGCCGUCCAGUGAAGCCACAGAAACAGCUUUUGAGAUAGCAGAGGUUCUGGCCGUUCUAUGGGCUUGCCGCACCGCCGUGGGAAUGAACGUCAACGAAAGAUUUGACGUGCAUGAUCGCUCUGUUCUUGACAACGCAGAAGUCUUCGACAUAUCCAAGGAUGGCAUAUGGACCUUGACGGAUUCGUUGCCGCAUGAAAGGCUCUCCAAGACGUGCCAGCGACUACGUAGACUGGGCCUACAUGGCUCUCGAGCGUUCGACCUUGACAAUCAGACCGGCUGGGCAGCAUAUGAGGAUCUCCUAGACAACUCUAUCUUUCCCAGAGCAUGGAUCGUCAAGGAAUUAGCUGUUGCUCAAGUGGCACAAGUACAUUCCGGCACCUUCACACUUCCAUGGGAUGUCUUCUGCUACGCCUUCAAGGCCAGGAAACUCUUGUCAUUCCAAAAAUGGUGCUCCAGCAAGGAUGGGGCCAAUGCAUAUGCCAUUAGCAACGUUGAGAGGACCGAUUUAGCUAUGAUCAUGGGACACUUCGAGUACUCCAAAGCGACAGACCCGCGGGACUAUAUCUACGCUGCUCUUGGUCUGGUGAAGUCCAAUGGCAGUCUUGGGCCGAACGCUGGUGUUGUGCCUGAUUACGAUAAGCAGGUCGAGGAAGUCUACCUCGAAGCAGCAACGCAUAUGAUCGCCGAGAGUCGGAGUUUGUUCCUAUGGGAGAGGAAUGUUCAUACUUCGCGCAAAGUCUUCAGGAACCUACCGACUUGGGUGCCUGAUUGGUCGGUUUCCAUGCUCACAGUUCCCCCAAAGAUUAACCCAUGGUACUGCUAUUUUCCUGGUCAGCAUACUGUGGUGGGUCGGCGACUGUUUGUCAAUGCGCAUCUGUUGGACGAGAUAUGUUUCAUCGUAAGCGUGGAUAACAUGCAGGAUUUCCCGGGACCGAUGACAGAGGUCAUUCGACUGUUCGAGAACGUGGGGUGGGGGCUCUUCGAUGCCUAUCGUGGUCAACCCUUCCAGGCAAGUGUAUCGUCGCCACAGGACUCAAGUAUCACACACGAGCAGCCACUGCACAACCACUUCCUCAACCUCAAGGCGCUCUGGUGCGCGCUGACCUGUAGCGGCUUCAACUUCAUCGAGAGUGUGCCUCCCACGUUGCCUCUCUUUCUCGCGUGGUGGUAUGAUGAAUCCUGGCAUAGGAUCCACCAGUCGAAGACAUGUCCACACAAUCUUUCCAGGCAAUAUUUAGAUUGGGAACAGGCAGCCGGUCUGUUGGCCGAUUCGCGAGUGUUCGACCACUAUCCUGAAAUCCGGUGGGGUGAAGACCUCUUUUUCACGAAGUCAGGCUACUUUGGCCGCAGUGACAAGGGCGUGGCGAAGCAAGGGCACCAAGUUGCGGUGCUAGGGGGUGCACACCACCCGGCCAUUAUCACUUAG